GCCCGUUUACAGUAAGAUGAACUGCGAAGCCCGUCUCUCACAUGUCAAUUGAUCUCUUUAAAGAAACUACACCUAUAUUAACCCCUAUAGCUCCACGAUAAGAAAAAUAAUUCUCCCUCAGGACCACAAGUAAUUAGCUGAUCCUAUCCUCCACAACACGAAAAAGAUGCCCACCUUCUCUUACUGUCUCCUCCUCCUCUUCCUCCCUCUACUCUUCUGUACUUUCCAUGCCAAUAUUGCUCAGAAUCUCAUCCCUGAAACUUGCAAGAAAUGUGCAGCAAAUGAUCCGAACCUUAGCUACAACUUCUGUGUAUCUUCUCUUCAAGCAUCCAAUCGUAGCCAGUGUGAUAACCUUCGUGGGCUUGGCAUGAUGUCCAUCAAGUUAAUCAAAUACAACGUGACCGACACAAGGCACUACGUGAAGAAUCUCUUGAAGAACAAAAAAAUGGACCCCUUCAUUAGGGCAUGCUUAAAUGAUUGCCUUGAUCUUUAUUCUGACGCCAUCCCUACCCUCAAGCAGGCCAUGAUGGAUUACAAGUCUAAGCACUAUAAGGAUGCCAAUAUCGAAGUAAGUUCAGUCAUCGAUGCCGCCACAACCUGUGAAGAUGGAUUCGAGGAGAAAGAAGGUGCAGUUUCACCAUUAACAAAAAGAAAUAAUGAUACUUUUCAGUUGUCCGCUAUAGCGCUUGCGCUCAUCAACAUGCUCUAAUCUGUAUGUAGCAGUUGGAGAUUAAGGUUCUAUCACUGUUAAUCCUUCCUUGCUCCUUAAUUUCUUGUUAGGUUUCUUGAUGUUAACGGUUGUUUUUUCAAUAUCCUUUUGUGUUGGUCAGUUGUUAAUUUAUUGAUGCGACGUAUAUUGUCUUU